AUGUUCUUCAAAGGAAGAACCUGGCUUUGGUUAUACAUCACAACAGGUUUUGUUCUAGGGAGUGAACUCCACGGCCCAGAGCAACGCGGAGGGAAUAAUUGUUUUCAGCUGAACAGCUUUCGGUGCAGCUUUGAGGGAGCAGAACGUUACUGUCAUGCUCAGGGAGGACACCUUGCUUUCACCUGGAACCAGGAGGUUCAAGAUCUCCUCUGGGACUUUCUGGAAAAAGAAAAGUGGUGGGUCGGGGGAAAUUUAACGUUGCCGAAAAAACACCAAGAAAAAAACCAUCCAGCAGAUGUCACAGCCUGCCCAGCCACCAAGCCCGCCAGAUGCGUCUACCUGACCAGAAGUCACAAUCAGACCUCAUCCAAAGAGGGCUCUUGCUCAGCGAAGCAUUACUUCAUUUGCCAAGCUGAUGCCUUUUCAGACCAAGAUGCCAAUUAUGAAAGAACUGGAAACAAUUCUCAUUCACAUGGGAAGCUCAAGAGGACAAAAAAAGAAGUCAUAAGACCGAGAAGCAAAGUGACCUCAGGAGACACUCAUCUUUCAACCGCAUGUCACCAGCCUGCUCAGGCUAACAUGUCCAAGACCCUGUGCCAUCAUCUCAGCCCAUUUCCUUCAGCGCCACCUGAAGUCACACCGCAGGGGGUGUCAGUCACGCCGGCACCUACCAGCAAGCCUCUCCCUCUGACACCAGAGCUCCCCGGGCCUGGAUCUGUAACACGUGCUGGAAAAGCUCUGGAAGAAAUAACUUCAAGCCCCAAAGAGGACUCACACCCAAGCGUCUUCACCAGUCACCCACAAGUACCCUUACAGAAUGCACCUGAUCAGGUCAUAGAUGAGAUAACAGGGAACUUUAGCAAAGCAGUUCUUGGUUUGCAAACUCACAACAAACUGCAGAAAGCUUGCGAGAUCCUUGAGGGACUGGCAGCCUUUAUCCCAGGAUUUUCUGAGUCAGCUCAGGUCAGGGUCAUCAAUACCCUUACAGACCUGAAUGAGCAGCUACUGCAGAGCCCAUUUCUGAACAGCAGCAACCCAGGCUCCAGAACGCCUGUGACCAUCUGCCUCUUCCACUCCCUCAACAAUGUAAUGAAAGCUGGUGAAGCAAGUCGGCCAAGACAUGGCCAUAGCGUAGAAAAUAUGCUGAAAAUGUCCUUGCUGAGCCUUGGGAGGAUCCAGGAGACGUUUCUGCAGCAGAAUCGGUGUGCUGAGCCUGAGGUGACUCUGACCUCUUCCACUGCUGCCCUGAUGCUGAGCAGGCAAAACAUAUCAACAUUGCCUCUGAGCUCUUACACCCUCGGUGACCCAGCCCCUGUGAGGUUAGGCUUUCCAUCAGCGUCCGCCCUGGAGGAGCUCUUGAAAAAACACCCAGGAGUUGAUGUCCAAGUGACAGGACUGGCUUUCAAUCCCUUCAGAGAUUUUGACAAGAAGAAGAUUGUUGGAAGCGUUGGGAGUGUGUUACUAAGCUCUAAUCAUAAAUUACUCCAAGUCCAUGACUUAAUGGAGGAUAUUGAGAUCAUGCUCUGGAGAAAUGCGAGCAUGGAAACCCACCCCACCAGCCUCAACAUGAGCACAGACCACUUUACUAUCACAGUGAACGUCACCUCCCUGGAGAAGUCCCUGAUAGUGUGCAUAGAGCCUGAAGGCCCCCUGUCACUGACACUCUACCUGGGGUUCCAGCACCAGCCCAACCACACCCACUUCCACCUGCCGAAGGAGAAGGUGUCGCAGAAAGAUGAGAAAUACACAUGGGUGCUGAGGCCAGAGAAACUGCGGUAUGGGGUCGGCACCUACUACAUCACAGCCGUGUUGGAUAAAAGCAAGGAGGGCGCUCAGCAGACGCCCACCCUGCUCUCGGUGGUCACUGCCGUCACUCAGUGCUAUUUCUGGGACAGCCUCAACAGCAUGUGGAAGAGCAGUGGAUGCCAGGUCGGGCCGCAGAGCACCCUGGUAAGGACACAGUGUCUCUGUAACCACCUGACCUACUUCGGCAGCGAUUUCUUCCUUGUGCCUCGGACGGUGAAUGUGGAAGACGUGGCUGAGCUGUUCCUUCGAGUGACCAGCAACCCGGUCGGGGUAUCCCUGCUGGCCAGCCUAGUCGGAAUCUACAUGCUCAUAUUCGUGUGGGCUUGGAGAAAGGACCAGGCCGACGCACAGAAGGUGAAGGUCACCAUCCUGGCUGAUAAUGACCCCAGCUCUCAAUUCCACUACCUUAUCGAGGUCUCCACGGGCUAUCGAAGAAGGGCCGCGACGACAGCCAGCGUAGUCAUCACCCUUUAUGGAUCAGAGGGGCGGAGCCAGCCCCACCACCUUUGUGACUCCCAGAAGGCGGUCUUUGAACGCGGGGGACUGGAUGUUUUCCUCCUGGGCACUGCAUCCUCUCUGGGGGAGGUACACAGCCUGCGGCUCUGGCAUGACAAUUCUGGCGCCAGCCCUGCUUGGUAUGUAAGCCAGGUAACUGUCACUGACAUAGCAGGUAAAAGGAAAUGGCACUUCCUGUGCAACUGUUGGUUGGCCGUGAACCUUGGAGACUGUGAGCGCGACCGGGUCUUCAUGCCAGUCUCAAAGAGGGAGCUGUUUUCCUUUAGACACCUGUUCUCCUCCAUGAUCACAGAGAAGUUCACCCAGGAUUGCCUGUGGCUCUCAGUCGCAACUCGACACCCCUGGAACCAGUUUACAAGGGUCCAGCGGCUCACCUGCUACAUGACCCUCCUUCUCUGCAACAUGGUCAUCAACGUCAUGUUCUGGAAAGUGAACAGUACCACCACCAAGAGAGAUGAGCAAGCUCGGGUGGGCCCGUUUGCUGUGACCUGGUCUGAACUGCUCGUCAGCAUCCAAACUGCAGUCAUCUUUUUCCCCAUCAGUCUUGUGAUCGGGCGGCUUUUCCCGUUGAUCCAACCACAGGAGCCUCUGCCUGUCUUUCCUCCCAUCCAGACCUCGUGCCCCUUGGAUGCUUCUUCAGAGCCUCUCUCUCUCACGGAGGUGGUUGAGGAAUUAAAGGAAACUGUGGGAUUCCUGCUCAGGAGAAAUAUGUACCUACUCUCAGAGUGCGAACCAUCUUCAUGGCGUUCUGACAGCAUAAACGAGCUGCUGAAGCUUUUGUCCGGCCUCAUCUGUUCUUACUUAGAGCAUCCAGGCUGUCCCCAGCAGGCAGGACCCUACUGGGCAAAUGUGGUUCCUGAAAACCACCAUCAUUUCUGCAGUUACCUGCUCAGAGUUCUGCAGAGGCUCCAAUCUCACUUACAGACACUGGGUCCCACCCAGGCCGAUCACCCCAGUGACUUCCUUGAUGCAGUCCACCAACUGCAAAAACUCCAGGAACUCUUGGAAACCCAUGUUCUUCCCACAGAGCAAGGGCUAUCCAGGGAGGCAACCAGUUUCCCCAUCCUGGGCCCAGAAGAAGGGAAGCAGCGUCUCUCUAAAGGCUGGCACAGAUGGUUGACAUACUUCUGCUGGCUCCUUCUGGGUGUCACUAGCCUGGCCUCAGCCUUCUUUACAGCACUUUAUAGCCUGGAACUGGACAAAGACCAAGCCACCAGCUGGGUUAUUUCGAUGAUACUGUCAUUGCUUCAGAACACCUUCAUCAGCCAGCCAGCAAAGGUGAUCUUCCUCACGCUGUUCUACUCACUGAUGCUGAACAGGCUGCCACAACUUCACAAAGAGAAGGAACAUCAAACCAGGAGGAUCUUGGCACUCUGGGCAAGAUGUCCUUCCUCAUUACCCGGUUCAAGAGAUAAGAACAACUCCAUCUAUGUAGCCCCCACUAUGAACACUCCAGUCAAGCGCCCAGAAAGAGCCUUGAAAGAGAAGAAGUUCUUCAAGUUGACAGGAGAUGUUUUAGCACAAAUCCUUUUCCUUACCCUGUUGAUGACUACAGUCUACUUGACGCAGAACUCCAAUAGAUUUUACCUCCGUCAAGCUAUCCACAAGAGCUUUUCUCACCGUUUCUCAGAGAUCAAACUUCUUAAGCAUUUCUACACCUGGGCCAAUAGCACCCUCCUUCCCAACCUGUACGGGGAUUACAGAGGUAAGAAUACAGUCCAGGGGCCCACCUGCAAAUGUGGGAUACAGUUGGUUUUCCAUAUGCCUACAGUAACCAUUAGAACACUGGAGAAAGUUUCGCUGGCUGUGUCAAUAUGACUGCACCUCUGUGGGCACCCAAAGUCAGCGAUGCCAUCCAGCCAUCUCAUCCUCUGUCGUCCCCUUCUCCUCCUGCCCUCAAGAGAGUUGGAAGGGCAGAAGGCAAAUUUAAAGGCUCUUAACUCCAGGUGUUCUUUCUUUUUCUCAGGUGCCUUCUUCACCUCCAUGAGACUGGACAUUUUAACUUCCCUUCAGAUAUCAAAGAACUUUGCCUGGUCUGUCAUGUCACAAGUCAUCUACUAUCUACUGGUCUGUUACUAUGCCUUUGCACAGGGUCGCCAGUUGAAACAGCAGAGGUGGAGGUUCUUCGUGAGGAAAAGAAACCUUCUAGAUAUGAGCAUAAUCCUCCUUAGCUUUGUCAUCUUGGGACUUGACCUGACAGUUAUUUCUCUACAUAAAAAACACAUGGUACAAUACCACUAUGACCGAGACAGGUUCAUCAGCUUCUAUGAGGCAGUUAAAGUCAACUCAGCUGUCAUUCACCUCAUGGGUUUCCUAGUUCUUUUGGCAACAAUUCAGCUAUGGAGCCUGCUGUAUCAAAACCCCAGGCUGCAGGUCAUUGACAGAACACUCAGCAAAGCCUGGGACGAGGUAGUGGGCUUCUUGCUGGUCAUCUUGAUCCUGCUGACAGGCUAUGCCAUUGCGUUUAACCUGCUGUUUGGAUGGAGCAUCUCCGACUACCAAACUUUUCUCAGUUCAGCAGUAACUGUUGUCAGUCUCCUGAUGGGAAUCUCUCAUCACAAGGAGGUUACUGCUGUGAACCCAGUCCUGGGCUCCUUUCUUAUCUUCACCUAUGUUGUUUUGAUGGUACUUAUGAUCAUUAACCUUUUUGUUUCUGCCAUUUUAAUGGCCUUUGGUAAAGAAAGGAAAUCCCUUAAGAGAGAGGCCACACUGAUGGAUAUGCUGCUGCUGAAGCUGUCAAGUUUGUUAGGGAUCCAGCAGCAUCAGAGCACAUGUGAGCAAACAGCCCUAACAGCAACAGCCACGGACAAAUGA